AUGAGUUUAGGGGAGGAUUUGUUGGGUCUGGUAUUAGGGGAUAUUUUCCUGUGCUUUGGCAGCUUGGGGAUAUUUUCCCUAGACCCGGAGCAACUGAGGGAGAUUGCUAUUGACCUGGAGAGGAGCGGGCAGCAAUUUCUAUGGGUCGUGCGAGAUUCACCAUCGGGUGGGGACAAGCGAAAUGUCGACGUUUCGGUAAAGGAUCCAGACCUAUCGUUGGAGGGUUUGCUUCCUUACGGGUUUUUGGAGCGAACGAAAGUGAGGGGACACGUGGUGAAGUCGUGGGCUCCGCAAGUGGAGCAAGUGGAGGUAUUGGGUGACGAGUCGGUAGGUGGGUUCGUUACCCAUUGCGGGUGGAACUCGGUGCUGGAAGCGUUUCGAGCCGGGGUGUCGAUGGUGGUGUGGCCGAUCUAUGCGGAGCAGAAGUUCAAUCGGGUUCUACUAGUGGAGGAGAUUCAGAUUGCGUUGUCGAUAGUUGAGGUUAACGAGAGCGGGUUUGUGGAGGCGGCAGAGGUGGAGCACCGGGUCAAGGAGCUGAUGGAAGCGGAAGGUUCAGGGGAGCUAGUGAGGCGGGCCAUGGGGUGA